AUGAAGUGGACCAACGCCCUCGUUUUUGCCACCACCGCCUCGGCCGCCGCUCUCCACGGCGAGGGCGUGAAUUUCGACAUCCUCAAGCAGGUCAACACUACGCUGCAAGAAAUCAUUACUACGCUUAAUGGAGAAAACACUGCGUCUACGGAAUCCAUAAACGGAGCCUUCUUCGAAUCUAGAUUACCCCCGCUCACCGACGCCGUUAAAGUAGAGGCUCGCAAGAUUUAUCUACUGAACGAGAAAUUUUCCAUCGAGGACAGAGACCGUCUUUUUGCGCCUGCCAGCAAGUUCCCAGAGUUAGCCGAGGCUCUUGAUUCCGCCUUAAAAGGUAACACCAUUACGGCACAGCUUGCCGAGCAUGGCGGUUGCAAUAUUCGCAAUUACAUUCUUGGCCUUCGAGCUGCUGGAGGUGCCUUGAAUGCCGGGGCCUCUGCGGCUGCCACGACUGCUGUGGCUAUCGCGACUUCUGGAGCUGUGACUGCUGUUGCUGCUCACACUGCCGUGACUCCUCUGACUGCUCUCACCAUCAUGACUGCCGUAACCGUUGCACCUAUCGUGACUGUGACUGCUGCAAUCGGUAUAAAUGCCACGACCGUUGUGACUGCUGUGACUGCUGUGACUGCCCUAGGUACCAUGACUCCUGUGACGGCUGGAGCCGUUGGAGCUGCUGCAACUGCCGUGACUGCUGAAGCUGCUGUGACUGUUGCGACCGCUGGUGCUGCCGAAGCUGCUGUGACUGUUGUGUCACUGCCAUGA